GGGUGUCUGCCUGGAGGCGCCUCCUCGAUCUGCUGCGUGGGGAAAGAGCCAAGGCGAAGCAAGAGCUGCGUGUGCAGGGAGUGCCCGGGAUCGGACUGCAAAGGGCGCUGCCUCCUAGCCCGGGGGGCAGCUCGGGCCCCUUGGCCAAGCUGCGGCCCGGCGCCGCGCAAAGUGCAAGAAAGUCGGGAAAAGUUCCUGCCCGUCGAGGUCUCCCCGCCGUGCCGCUGCCUGCCGGGCGUGUGACACGCAGCACCGCUGCAGUGGGCGGAGGGCAGGGCUGGGACCUCCCUCCAGCGCAGGAGGAGACUCAACCCGUGCUUUUUGCGGGCUGGGUUGCAUCGCACCCCCCUUGAUUUGCAACUCUCCCCCCAGCCACCCUUCGGUUCCCCAGCAGCUGGAGGAGGCUGCUCCCCGUCGGGGUAUGUGCGGGCAGCGGCGGGAUGGCCUCGGCCGUGUUUGAGGGCACCUCUCUGGUGAACAUGUACGUGAGGGGCUGCUGGGUGAACGGCAUCCGGAGGCUCAUCAUCAGUCGGCGCGGGGACGAGGAGGAGUUCUUCGAGAUCCGCACCGAGUGGUCGGACAGGAACGUUCUCUACUUGCACCGGAGCUACUCGGACCUGGGCCGCCUCUUCAAGAGGCUGCUGGACUCUUUCCCGGAGGAUCGCCCCGAGCUGUCACAGUCCCCCCUGCUCCAAGGAUUAAUCACAAUAAAAGAGGCCCGUGAUAUAGAAGCCAGGCUUAAUGAAGUGGAGAAGCUUCUGAAGAUUAUUAUAAAUAUGCCUUGGAAAUAUUCUAGAUCUGAAGUUGUCCUUACCUUCUUUGAAAGAUCUCCGUUAGAUCAAGUGUUAAAAAAUGACAAUGUCCAUAAAAUUCAACCAAGCUUUCAGAGUCCGGUUAAAAUAUCAGAAAUCAUGCGAUCUAAUGGAUUUUGUUUAGCAAACACUGAAACAAUAGUUAUUGACCACAGUAUACCAAACGGAAAAGACAAGCACCUGGAUGUAGAUUCAGCAGAGCACUUGUUUGAAACCGUUAGUGAGUUUACUUCAGAGCUAGAAGACACUGAUGAUCCAGCAGCCUAUGUCACCAACUUGACAUAUUACCACCUGGUCCCAUUUGAGACGGAUAUUUUGGACUGAGGCUUUCCAGGGACCCAGUCAGCUAGCAUCCAACUGAUUUCUUUGCUCAUAGACUCUGCUUUCCCAUUGCUCUUCUAUGAAUAAAGCUGUGUGAUUAAAAACAGCAGAGAAGUUGCUGCAGAUAUGCCAUGAAACUGAUUUUGCAGCUUAGCCCUUCAUUGUGACUCAAGGAGGUACCUUGCAAGGAAGUAACUGCUUCAAGAAACUCCUUUUUCUCUGAACGGAAUGUAGCAAGAUCUUAGGGCUACUUGGAUCCAAGGAAAUCAUUUUGGCAAAGGCCAUGGCAACCACUACAGUGACAGAACCAUAAGCGAUCAUUCUGUCGUUUGGCCCCAGUGGUCACUGGUAUACAGUGCAACUUGUACAAAAGACGACCCUUAUUAGCAGCUUCCUGUCUUAAAACGUCACAACAAAAUAUCCCCAGAUGUACCGAGUACACUUCCACUCCACCUUUAUUAGAAGACCACCUCUGUUAAGCAGUCAACAUUUGUCAGUCCCUUUAUGUGGUCACUUAAGACAGGUCCCAUAGUUUGCUGUGUGUUCAGCUGUGAGAUGACAGGUGCCUUACAUAUAAUGUUACAAAUACCAUAGAGUGCCUACAGGAAACCAAUGCACAAUCUGAUUACUUUACCUCUGUUAAUCCUUGGGUGUUGUUUAAUCAUCCGAGAGCUGACUUCUUUCCUUUCCUUUCCUGAAAUCGGAGAGCAAACUGGCAUUGCAAUGGAAAGCUUAUAAUGCUGCAGUACCUUGAAUUACUUCAGAGUUCUGGAAAGCUGAUAGGAAGGCUAAACUGCCUUGCUAAGAAUGGUCAGUGCAUGCCAGGCACUUGGAUCUGGUUUUUCUCUUGGAUCAGGAAAUCUGAGCAGUGCUUGCAGUUGUUUACACAAGAUGGAUAAUUACCUUUGUGUAUUACUUUCCAGAGAAUGGGGAGAUUUAAGCCCUGUAGGGACUGAGAAUUAAAGAUAAACUACAGUGUAUUUUACGAGGACAGGAAAAAAGAAACCACCCCAGCUCAGAUAGUCUGCUUAACCCACCCCCAUAGACCUAAUGGGCCUGAUUCUGAUCUUGCCUACACUGGUUUCAUACCAAUGAAAUUCUAUUCACCUCAGUGGAGUUACGCCAGUGUAAGAGAGGGCAGAAUCAGACCCUCAAGGCUCUUUACUACUGAGUAGUGCAACGUUAACCUCUCUUAGAGCUCAAUCUUGUAAGUUGCUGAGCACCCUGAACUCACAAGAUGAGCUCAACACCCUGCAUGAUCAGGCCCUGACCUUUCAUCAAGCAUUUAAUGUAGUAAUGGCCAGAAUUAAUUUAAAGAGAGAUGAACUGAGAAGAGUGCACUUUGAGCUGGUUAUCUGUACAAUAGCUUUGCCUUGGUCCUGAAGAACUUGGCACAGCUCCUCUCCUGUAUACUCUUCAGUGCUCUGUGUAUAAUAACAGUAAACAGAAUUUGCUAAUGUACAUAAUAAAUUAUUGAGAAUCCUAAUUCCUUUACAUGGUAUGUUUUUAAAAUAUAUAUUUAAUGAAAU